AUGUCUGGCGCGACCAACAAGCCCGACGAGGCCAUCCUGCCCAGCGAGGCCUCCCUUACCAACGAUACCCUCGUGACCGGCGAUACCAAUCUUGCCGAUGAGGCGUGGGUUAUUGUUCCCGAUGAGGCCACCCCGCAGAGCCCAACCUCUCUUGCCUCCACAACCAGCGCCGACGACCAGGCCAUCUCACCCAGCGAUUCAAUUUCCUCUGGCGUAGUCACCAUGAUCGCCCAGACCACUUUGUCAGACGAAAACACAACCAUGCCCAGUGGCACCACCCAGAGCGAUGGAGCUACCCAGGCCAAUAAGAAGAUCAAGAACACCAAGCCCAACGCGACCACUCCCGCCAACAUCACUGUACAACCUAGCAACAUCAACACCCAAAUGCCCGCCGCCAAGGGCACCUUCCCGCUCUUCCCCUCCCUGCCGCGCGAGAUCCGCGCGCAGAUCUGGGAGCUGUGCCUGCCGCGCCGCUUCAUCCCGCUGAGCACGCUCGUCGUCGGCCGCGACCACCGCAACGCCGCCGCCGAGACGGACCCCACGCAGCCCGGGUGCGACGACCCCGCCGUCCAGACCCUCAUCGACUCGGUGAUGACGCGCGCGUGCCGCAUCGCCCAGGUGUGCCGCGAGUCGCGCGCUGUCGCGCUCUCGCAGCGCGAGUCGACCGCUGAGCUGGGGCUGUUGUGGCUGGGGCGGGAGAACUGGUUUGAUCGGAGGACGGAUAUGUUGUUUGUGGAUUGUGAUGUGCGGGAGAGGUAUAGGGAGAUUUGGGAGGAGCUGCGCGCCAAGGUGGUGGUGGGGGAUUGGGAGGAACAGGGUUAUGGUGCUGGUGGUGCUGGUGGUGUCUGCGUCGCCCUGUGCAAGCACAUGGUGAUGAGGUGGACGCCCACGGAUCCCCCCGCGCCCGUGCUGCCUGUGAUGGAGACAGGCGUUACCACACGCCGGGGAAUCCGCCAGAAGUCGUGGCCCGUGGUGAGGGAGCGGCUACCACCCAUCCCUGGGCAGAAGUCACCGGCGGGGUCGGGGAAAUUUGGAUUGUUUGACGAGGAGUGCGUCACACUGCUCGAUGUGAGCGAGGGCAAGCAAGGGGGGGUUGUAGAGUGGGUGAAGGAGCUGCUGUCGGAGACCUUCUGCAUGGAGCUAUCACUCUAG